AUCCACUGACAAUCUCUGGAGGAAGUUAGUGUCUCAGGCUGCGGCGAGUAACAACCUCAGCUCCUCCUGGACAGUUUGAACUUUCUGUCGGGGAGGAAUGAUCGCUCCUCUCUGCUCAGACUCUUGUCGGAUUUAAAGUUGACUUUAAAGUCAGAUUUUUGCUUCUUCGGCAGAGAACACUUGGACAGUUUCCACCAGACUUUCGAUCAUAAAUUGUUAUUUUUUUCCCCUCCUGUUUCUGUCUGACAGCAGAAAUCGGUGGCUUCACCUGUUGCCCGGAGGUGCUAAGAACCGCCGGACAGAUGUGAUCAGUCCAACGUCGGUUUAACUAAAGCAGAUCGUUCAAACGUCGCCGAUUUCUCGUUAAAACGUUAGUUUUGCUGGUGAGGAACGCGGGCAUGGAUCUGAGACCGGAGCUCCCCACAGCCUCCUCCGCCUCACAAAUCCACCCCGGAGCGGCGGCAGCGGCCGCGGCAGCCUCCAUUCCGGUGUCCAUGGCCGGUAACCUGCUGCGAGGGCCCCCGAUCCUCCUGCGGGCCGCAGACAAGUACCCGCGCACUCCGAAGUGCGCCCGCUGCAGGAACCACGGCGUGGUGUCCGCGCUGAAGGGCCACAAGCGCUACUGCCGCUGGAAGGACUGCAUGUGCGCCAAGUGCACCUUGAUCGCAGAGAGGCAGCGGGUGAUGGCGGCUCAGGUGGCGCUCCGGCGGCAGCAGGCGCAGGAGGAGAACGAAGCCCGGGAGCUGCAGCUGCUCUAUGGCACGGCGGAAGGACUCGCUAUCGCCGCCGCCAACGGCAUCAUCCCACCCCGGCCGAACUACGAAGUGUUUGGUUCCGUCAGCAGCGAAAGCAACUCAGCAGAUUCAAGCAUCCAGAAGUAUGAGCUGUUUCCUAAGAACCAGCUCUCCGGGUCCGCCACACCUCAACCAUCUGCGGGGAAACCGGCUUCCACCGAAGGUGACUCAGCCCCCGGCAUCUCGUCCCCGGACGGCCGCCACGAAGGCUCUGGUUCGGAGAACGGGGAUAGCGAGUCUUUCAUCAGCUCACCGGUAUCCAAGCCUUUGAAAGACGGAGAAGAAACUCCAGGGUCCGUCAGCUCCAUCGGCUCGGAUUCGGGUUCUGAGACCGACAAAGACGAGCAGGAGCCUUCCCCUUCCUCUGCGGCCUCUCGGCACAUGAACGCCAUCGACAUCCUCACCCGAGUAUUUCCCAGCCACAAGCGAAGCGUCCUGGAGCUCGUCCUGCAGGGCUGUGGCAAAGAUGUGGUGCAGGCCAUCGAGCAGAUCCUCAACAACAGCGGCGCUCAGGGCCCCAACAAGGCCGGGCCAGACGAGACGUGGACGGCAGAGAGGAUGCUCCAAAAUGCGCAGCAGCCUCCGGCGGCAUCCGCAACCACAACAGCCCCGACGAGGCCCAUGCUCCCCGGGGCUAUGACGCUCAGCAACCGCUCUGCGUUUUCUCCUCUGCAGCCAAACGCACCGCACUUUGGCGCAGACCCUAGCACCUACCCGCUGGGCACACACUUGGGACUGAACCCGCUGCGGCUGGCCUACUCGGCGCACAGCCGGGGACUGGCUUUCAUGACACCUUACUCCACCACCGGGCUCAUGCCCACUUUGGGCUUCAGACCUCCAAUGGACUAUGCAUUUAGCGACCUGAUAAGAGACAGGACAAUGCUGCACAAGGAGCAAGGCUAUGCCAGCGGCCUGUAUGGGCCUUUGGUCAACAACACGCCGGAGAAACAGUGAAGCCGGUGGACUGAUCAUAGAGACACAUUCCAUUGUAUUUGUAGCCACAAGUGUUGAAAAUGUGUGAUGUGUUCUGGCUACGGGCUGCUGUACAUAAUAGGAUUAUCUGGCUUGUAGUCAAAUGAUCUGAGAGGGAUUUAAAAAAAAAAAAAGAAAAAAAAGAAGAAAAGAAACUAAACCACGUAACUCUCCAAAAUAAUUUUAUAUGUUAGACCACAAAAGUUUGAAUGGCAACCCCUAUGUUUGAACUUUACUACGCCAUCAGUAAAAUGACGUAAAACCGAAUGUAUUUAUAGACUGCAGAAUGAAAUGAAUCCCGAUCAGGCUGGAAGAGUAAAAACUAAACUGACACACAAAAGCAAAAGUACGAAGUACGAAGAAAUUAUUUAUCAAAGAGUUCUGACUUUUUAGAGCCUAUCAAAUUUUACCACAUACACGCGCGCGCGCGCACACACGCACGAGUAAAAUAAGUUAUUAAAACACGUAGUUUACUUGUUAACCCCGUUUCCUGCUGUAAAAGUUGAUCUAUAACGUGUAAAUGCCAUUCAUGUUUCUUUUUCUUAUGUAUUAUUUCAGUUAUCUCACCUUUGUAUUUCAUUUUGUCUUUAGUUUAUGUCCAACUGCCUGUAUUAUAUAUUGCAUUUGGUAAUAUGAAAUCACUAUGCCUAUAUUUGACUUUUCAUUUAUCCAUUAGUCAGCGCAAAUAUUUUGUGACAAAGUGUUGGAUUCAGUUAGUUCCUCCUCAGAUGUUACACGCUGUGCUGUCACAAUGUAUCAAAACGCUGGAAAAAAAAUAAAUGUUAUUUUAAACAA